AUGGACGUGCAGGUGCAGCGGACGUUCGUCAUCCCGCCGCCGCCGUCCGAGCCCUCGGCGGAGGUGCCGCCCACCGUCUUCGACCUCGUCGCGCCGCCCUACCACGUCACCGUCCUCUUCGCCUACGCCCCGCCCAACCCCACCAGCGCCGCGCUCCUCCACGCGCUCGCCGACACCCUCCCGCGCUUCCCGCUCCUCACCGCGCGCCGCCCAAGCCACCCUGACCACCGUCGCCCGUUCUUCGUCAUGGGCAAGGGCGGCGCCGGCGCGCUCGUCAUGGAGGCCGCGGUCUCCUCGCCGCUAGCGGACCACCUCCCGCUCGCGCCGUCGUCCCCGGGCCUCGCGCGCCUGCACCCGCCGGUCGACGCCGCCACGCCGCACGUGCUGGUGCUCCAGAUCAACCGCUUCGCGUGCGGCGGCCUCGUCGUCGCCUCGUCCGCGCACCACCAGGCCGCCGACGGCUACUCCAUGUCCACCUUCUUCCACGCCUGGGCCGCCGCCGUCCGUUCCGGCGGCGCGCCGCCGAUCAUCGACCGCCCGCCCGUGCCGUACGGGCCGGGCGCCGUCAUCCCGCGCCGCCCGCCGCGGUGCGAGUUCGAGCACCGCGGCGCCGAGUUCCUGCCCCGGGACGCCGCCCGGCGGCCGCCCCCCGCCCGCGUCCACCCUUCCGAGAUCGCCAACCUGAUGCUGCACUACACGGGCGAGCUCGUCGCCGAGCUCAAGGCCCGCGCGCACAACAAGUACACCACCUUCGAGACCGUCUCGGCCCACCUGUGGCGGAAGAUCACCGCGGCGCGCGGCCGCGCCGACGACCCCGCGCGCACGGCGCUGAACGUCACGGUGGACGGCCGCGCGCGGCUCGCCGGGGCGGACUCCCUGCCCAGGGGGUUCUUCGGCAACGCCGUGCUCACGGCGAGCGCCGGGACGAGCGCGCGGGACCUGGCGCGCGGCAGCCUCGCCGACGCGGCGGCGCUGGUCCGGGCGGGCGUCCGCGCGCGGGACCGGCGGUACUUCCAGUCGUUCGUCGACUUCGGCGCGCUGCACGGCGGCGAGGAACUGGAGCCCGCGGUCGGGGACGAGGACAACGUGCUGCUGCCGGACGUGGCGGCCGACAGCUGGCUGCACCUGGAGCUCCACCGGCUGGACUUCGGGUGCGGCGGGCGGCUCGCCGGGAUCCUGCCGGCGCAUUCCCCGCUGGACGGGGUGGUGGUGCUGAUCCCCGGCUUGGGGAAGGCGGGAGGGGUGGACGUGUUCGUGUCGCUGUGGCACAAGCAUGCCGAGGUGCUCAGGGACAUCGCCUACACCAUCGACUGAAGCAUGAUAGGUUGAACAAGACUCGAAGCAUACAAGCAUAUACAGCGAGGAGAAAUGCUGCACGUGCUU